AUGUAAUAAGAUUAAAUGUAAACAAAUAAAAGACUUUAAUUCUAAGAAAUAGUAGAUAAACACUUUGAUGAUUCAUUACCAUUAUUUAUGGAUAUUCUUAGAGUACCUAGUCAAUCUAGAGAAUUCGAUCCUGAAUAUUUAACCAAUGGAUUACUAUUAUAAACAGCCAAAUUAUUCUAAGUAUUGGUUGAGAAUUUAAAAUUGAAAAGUACAUUAUAGAUAUAAUAUAGAUGCUAAAAUUGAAUUAUUUACAGAUGAAGGACUAUCUCCUUUCUUAUUUGUAGAAGUUGAAGGCUCAGAUGGAGGAGCAGAUGGAACAGUCUUAUUUUAUGGUCAUAUGGAUAAAUAGCCACCAUUUACAGGAUGGAGAGAAGGAUUAUCAGCAUAUGAUCCAAAAAUUAUAAAUGAUAAAUUAUAUGCAAGAGGAGGAGCUGAUGAUUCAUAUUCCGUUUUGGGAUCUGUAAUUGCUAUACGAACAAUUUAAGAUUUAGGAUUAAAACAUCCUAGAGUAGUGAUGAUAUUUGAAGCUGAUGAGGAGAGUGGAUCAGAUCAUAUAGAACAUUAUUUGAAUAAAUUAAAAGAUAGAAUAGGAAAUGUUGAUUUAAUUGUAUGUUUAGAUUCAGGUUGUGGUAAUUAUGAUUAAUUCUGGUCAACUACAACAUUAAGAGGAUUAGUAGGAGCAAAUGUUACAGUCUAAGUAUUAAAUGAAGGAGUGCAUUCUGGUGAUGCAUCAGGAGUUGUACCAUCUUCAUUCAGAAUUUUCAGAUAAUUAUUAAAUAGAAUUGAUGAUCCUAAAACAGGAGAAGUAGUUGAUGAUUUUCAAGUGACAAUUCCAGGAGAAAGAUAUAUUCAAGCAUAAAAAACAGCUGCUAUUUUUUCAGAAGGAUUAAUCAAUAAGUUUCCUUUACAUGGAAAUACAUAACCAGUCUCUCUUGAUACUUUCAAAACAUAUAUUAACAAAGUUUGGAAAGCUUAACUUGCUAUUGUUGGAGCUGAUGGACUUCCUAAUGCAUAAACUGCUGGUAAUGUAUUGAGACCUGAAACCACUCUAAAAUUAUCAGUUAGACUACCUCCUACUAAGGAUCCAAAAGAGGCUGAAGAAUCAUUUGUGAGAAUUGUAAUAUAUUCUAUUUAACUUAGUUAACAACUAAUGUUCCAUAUGGUGCUACCAUAAAAAUUGAAGGACUCAAUUCAGGAGCUGGUUUUAAUGCUUUAGAUAAUAAACCUUAUCUUGAUUAACUUAUUAAUGAUGCAUCUAACAUAUUUUAUGGAAAAGAAUCAGUUACUUUUGGUGAAGGAGGGUCAAUUCCUUUAAUGAACACACUGUAAUAAUAAUUUCCAAAAGCACAAUUUAUAAUUACAGGAGUCUUAGGUCCUAAUUCAAAUGAACAUGGACCAAAUGAAUGCUUAGAUUUGCCUUAUACUAAGAAGUUGAUUAGCUGUAUUGCUUAUAUUGUUAGUGGAGCAUAAGAGCACUUAAAAAAAUGAGU